AUGCAUGGUAGGCAACGGAAUGUUGGAAAUGGGUACAGAUCUGGUUCGUUUGGAAUGGGGAUGUCUGGUUCUAGAAUGUCCCCUGACCGUCCUAUGAGAGGGCAUGGGUUCUAUGGUUCUGAUCACCAUCACUACCGUGGAGGGUUUAACCGUGGAUAUGGACGAGGAAGAGGACGCUCAAAGUCAUACCAGAAUCAGCUGCCUCCGCCUCUGCCUCCUCCAACGGUUCAUCGUCGAAGCGGUGGUGGUGGUGGUGUUGACGACGUUUUAAUGGAGGCAGGUCGUCUAGCAACAGAGUACUUGGUUUCUCAGGGUGCUCUACCACAAACUGUGCUCUCCAGGGAGAAUGGUAGUUUCAGGAAGCAGGCUGGUGAGUUUCAGAGCUCUAGUAGGUCAGAAGAAGCAGCAGCUCGAGUGGAUGUUUCGGCUGGGGAUAGAAGGAGGUAUGUUGAUGGUUAUAGCUCAUCUGGCUCCAGGAACAGGAGGUCUCAUCGUUUUGACUCGGAGUUCGGGAGGAGUGGAUCUUGGUCAGAGAGAAGUAGAGGUUUUGAGGUGGAGGCUGGUGAUGACUCUGUGUCAGGGCAUAGAGAAGAGCAGCCACUUGUGGAAGAUAUUGCUAGCUCGGUUCAGCGGUCUGGCUCUGGAGAGUUUAUGAGGAAGCGUGAAGGAGCUGGUGAUUCGGAGUCUGUCACUGACAAGUACAAUCUCCAGGAUGAGGCACAGUCUAAGACAUGUUCCUCGAGUGGUGGCAAAGAGAUAGUACAGGAUUGUUGUGAAAUCUCAAAAGUAUCUGAAGGUUCUUCUAGCAUGAGUGCUGGAUCAGGAGAGAUGAAAGGUGGUAAUGAGAACGACACUGCUAUCGAAGAUGCAUCUGUCCAUCAACGUUCUGAAGAUGCAUCUAUGGAUGCUGAUGAACCAUUCAGUGAGAGUGGUAUUGAUUUGGCAACGCUGUGUAAAUUUGAGAAGGUGCCUACGAGGACACGCUCUUCUCUGACUGCGAAAGGCCUAAAGCUUUAUAUGGGUCAAACAGUCAUGGAAACCUCUCAUAAUUCUGGACUUGUAGAAGAAGAUCAAACCGAAAAUCUAUGUGAGGCUCGAGGCCAGUCAUCUGGAAAGGCUGAUAGUACUGGUGAAGAAGAUUAUGACGACCAAGAUGAUCAUUUGCCUCUUGUUCAAUUCGUUGAGAACAGUAAAUGUCACAGGUCUAAUUCUUUCCCUAGUAGCAAUCUCAGGGACGAUAGUGAGAAAGAUUCAGGAUUAGAAUUGCCUAAUCUGCACAGAUCACUUUCCGUGGGGAAAGCAGGCGAGAAGAGAGCUGCUGAAGGCAGUGACUUGGAGGAGGGAGCAAAAAGACAGAGAGAGUGGGUGCCUUUGCCAGUUUCUGAAGACAACGACCGCUUCAACAUGUUUAAAACAAGCGAAACUCAAAGCGGUCCGGAAGAAGAAGAAAAGAUGAGCUCAUUCAACAGGAGAAUGACCGACGCUGCUGCUGGAAGGAUGGUGAGCCAUGAAAGUCUGGCUAAUAACUCUAUGCGCAAUAGGAUGCACUCUGGCAAAUCAGGUCCAGGGUAUGCUGAAGAACGUCAGCUGUUUCCUGCUUCCUUUAAGAUCUGUGACCUAAAUCUAGGAGGAGCAUCGGAUGUGAAUGAUAGCAAAAAAAACUCUGGUCAAGCUGUUGAUUUUGAUCUCUCAAUCAACAGCUGUAGUAAAUCUCUUGAGUUCGGUACUAAUACUCGGAUGAGCAAUGGUAAAGAGGUAGAAGUGAUUGAUUUGGACAACGAUGAUUCGCCAGAUGUGGUCAAGUCCCGCAAUGAUCCUGGAAGAAAGCAAGAAGCUGGUCCAUACAUGGGCAUCGAUGAUGUUCCAGAUUACAAUGAAGGGCUAAUGAUGGUAGAGUUUCUUGAUUCCUUUGGUAACGUUCCUCCAAUAAACCAGGGAAUCAGUAGUGUACCACAGGAUAACGCUGUUGGCUUACAAGACAGAGAGGGUGCUCUUGGGAAUGAGCAAGUACAAAAUAAUAAUACAGAUGAUGAUUCGAUAUUCAUGUCACUCGGAGAAAUACCAUUGACAUUCUUGCAAACUUGGGACCAGCCUCCGGCUCGAGGCUACGAGAAGCCUUUCUGA